GGAAACGUCAAAACUGUCAGACGCGCGAUUACAUACUAAUCAGAGUUACCUUUUAACCUAAACAUUAAUAAUCUACUUUUAGUUCCACAAAACUAUUCAUUUUUUAAGUUAAUUUACAUUUUAUUGGAAUUUAAUUUUAAUUUAGCAUUUCACCGAAAUGUCGUCUGAUAAGGAAAAACAAGCGUCCAAGUCAAAUGACAAAGAAUUGGACGAUCUGCUAGACAGUGUGCUAGAAGAUUUCGAUAAAACUAAAGAUGCAACCGUUACGGUUCCUACUACUGGAUCAGUCCCGGAUGAAGAUCUUUUACCGAAUGAUGAAAUGAUGAUGAAACAAGCUCAAUUGCUGGAACAACAUAUGGCCUCUUUAUUCGGAACGACAGCAGACGAUGGCAUGCCUAGUGCAGAACAAUUCAGUUUAGGUCUACAAAAAAUAGCAGAAGCCACUUCAAUGGCGAUGAGUGGAGACGGUAUUGAGACAGCCGAACCUCAAUUUGUGGACAGUAUAACACAAGCAAUUCAAGGCCUGAGGGAAGGUACAGAGAAUUUAAAUGCCUCAAUGCCACCGGCCGAUUUGGCAGGAAUGUUCUCGGGACUACAAAUGAACGAUGAAGGCGGCGACAAUCCAUUUUUACCGUUUGUGCAAGGUAUGAUGCAAAGUUUAUUGUCAGCGGAGGUGUUGUUACCAAGUUUAAACGAAUUACUUGAGAAGUAUCCCGUGUGGCUGGCUGAAAACGGUGACAAGAUCGAUCCAGCUGAUAAGGAGAGAUACAUGAAGCAGCAGGAACUGUUCAAAGUAAUUUGCGCCGAUCUCGAGCAGGAGAAACCAAACGAUUCGGCCGAGGUGAAAUCGGAUCGAUUCAAAAAAGUGCUGGACAAUAUGAAAAAGCUUCACGAUUACGGCCAACCACCCGCAGAGCUUGUUGAUGCUGGCGUAGAUAUGCCACAGUUACCUCCGAUGGGCGAUCCGUCGUCACAAUGUCCCAUGAUGUAGAUAUAUUCAUCGAGGCCAUCAUCACGUUUCAUAGUUCACCGGAGCCACUCAUUUGUCUUUCGAUUGUUACAAAACGUUAAUUUUAGGCGGGAAGAACAGUAUAGCAUGUAAUGAUAUUAAGGGGCAGGGCAGGGGGCAUUAUGUUUGGUAUUAUUUGACUGCAGCAAUUAGUCGAGUUUCUUUUGACAGUCAGCUUUUAAUAAUUCGACGGGUGAGAGAAAUGAUGGACAAGAAAUUUGUAUUUAAAAAUGAAACGAAAGAGUAAAAAUACAUUUGUAAAC